AUGAGUCCUUCCAGAAUUUUCUUCCUCUUCUGCUUCUUCUUUAGAACUUCCUCUUCCGAUAUAUUAGAUACCAUCACACAGAAAGGAAAAUUUCCGUCUUGGGUUAAACCAGGUGAUAGGAAGCUUCUACAGGCGAGUGCGGUGCCUGCAGAUGCCGUGGUAGCAUCUGAUGGGAGUGGAAACUAUAUGAAGAUUAUGGAUGCUGUGAUGGCAGCACCUAAUGGAAGCAAGAAGCGCUAUGUAAUACACAUCAAGAAAGGUGUUUACAAUGAGCAUGUUAUGAUCAACAAUAGCAAGUCCAAUCUCAUGAUGAUCGGAGAUGGUAUGGGUGCCACUGUCAUCACCGGUGACUUAAGCUGGGGGAGAGAUAAGUUAGACACAUCCUAUACUUAUACCUUUGGUGUUGAGGGUCUAGGUUUCAGUGCUCAGGACAUUUCCUUCAGGAACACCGCAUGGCCUGAAAAUCAUCAAGCAGUGGCACUAUUGUCAGACUCAGACACCUCUGUCUUUUACCGAUGUGAAAUCUCUGGUUUUCAAGACAGUUUGUGUGCGAACAUCAAACACCAUUCUAUAAGAAUUGCAAAAUCAGAGGCUCGGUUGACUUCAUAUUUGGUUAGGCAGUUGUCGUCUUUCAAGACUGACAUAUUGGUAAGGAAAGGACCAACAGGCCAACAGAACACCAUCACUGCUCAAGGAGGACCAGAGAAACCUAAUCUACCAUUUGGUUUCGCGUUUCAGUUCUGCAACGUCUGUGCUGAUCCUGAAUUUCUUCCUUUCGUAAAUCUACCCAAACAUUCCUCGGAAGACCGUCGAAGACUCGAAGCCUUACUCACGAGUAGCAUUCAUGCAGUCCUAAAUCAGUGA